AAGAAGAACACUUCCGUGUUUUUUUUUAACCGGAAAUGAUUGGUUGGCAUUGGCAACGUUUUAGCUAAAUCUAGCAUCGUGUGCAGCAAAAAGAAAUACAUUUUAAAGUUGAGGACUUUGAAACAUCCAAAUUCUUCAGAGCUACUCAACCAUAGAGCAGUGAGGAAAGAGCAGCACCGCAAACAGAAUGACAAGCUCAUCUGCUCCCAGGAUGGUGAAUAGUUACAAGCGGACCACAAGCCCCAGAUCACCUACCAACUGUGGGGAGCUCUUCACCCCAGCACAUGAGGAAAAUGUGCGUUUUAUCCAUGAUACCUGGCAGUUUGUGCUCAGAGAAAUCAGAUCAGCACAAAACGCCGAGCGGAAUGACCGUGGACCACAGGAAUAUGUUGAGAAGAAUCCAAACCCUAACCUGCACUCUUUCACGCCAGUGGACCUGACUGACCUCAAGAAACGUAACACACAGGACUCCAAGAAGUCCUAGUCUUCAAGAUGGUCCGAGCACUUUUUUUUUCCUCCACCUAUCAUCAUUGAGAACUUUUCCUCUGACAUCCGAAGUCAGCCCUAUUUGCCAGUCUGAGGCAGAAUGCCAAACAAUUUUCUGUGAACUUUGAACCACAGCAAGCCCUCGUCUUUCUUUACACCCGAGAAGUGAUGAAGAAGAGUUCUACUUAUUAAAAAUCUGUCGUGAAUCAUGUUGAAGUCCACGCAACCCUUCUAAUGUAUGAAAAGGACUGAUCAACCUCCCACAGAUGUUAUUGGCAUCUGAUGCUGACAUACAAACUGUUCCACCGGACACAAAAGACUGCAGUCUUUACUACUACUACUAGUACUACUACGUACAUGAUCCUGAUGGGGAAAAAAAAUGACACAAGGGCUUUUAUGUUUUAUCGUUUGUUUUGUAAAAAGGUAGUCGGCUAGAUAAGGUGUAGCAUCAAUGACAUGGCGCACCGGAUGCACACCAGAUGAGCAUAUUUCGAAAAGCCAAAUGCAUUGCCAACCUUCUUAAUCCAAAAUUGUGUUUUCCCUAAAACGGGAUUUACUAAGAAAGCUCCAAAAACUCCCAAUUGCUAAAGCCUUGCAACAAAAUGUUCUUGUUUUCAUCUACCACGGAUUGUGUACUAAAUAUUACAGGUCAGAAUGCGACUGUAUGAAUUGUGUAUUUCUAAGAUGAAAUUGAUGUUCCCUUUCAGAAAGAGCCUGUGAAUGCUGAAAGAUGGUGUGACUUAAAUUCAAAAAAAAUCAAUUGAGGACGCUGUUGUAAACAUCUCAGCACAGUAUGCCAUAGCAAUGCCCAGAUACCGUGCAAAUAUCCGCCCCCAGGAUAACGAACAGAAGGAAUGAAACCACACCUAUCUGUAUGCUUUGCAAAUUAUUUACGGCUACGCCAUGGCACUAAUGCUGUUUUAUUCUUUUAAUGUCCCCGAAGCUGCCAAGGGUCUCAAAGUUCAAUAAUAAAGUCCCGAUAUUUAUCAUGUUGAA